AUGAGUGGAAUGCCGAGUCGAAAUACCAGUACGACAUCAACAUCAACAUCAACAACAAGUGUUACAACAGUGACCGUAUUAGUGAAACCCGCAAACAUUAAUCUACCACUGGUUAUAGGCUUAUCAUUAUUGGCUCUUUUAAUGGUUUUAGCAUUAUGUUGCUGCUGUUGUUAUUGGUGGUUUUGUAGUGCUGCUGCUCGUCGCCGUCGUCGUCGCAAAAAAGAAGAAGAAGAAGAAGAAAAACUUCGACAACAAUAUUUGCUACGUCAGCAUUCCCCGCCUCCUCCUUACAGUUCCAAUACGCCUUCACCAGUCCCAACGUUGAUAAAACGUCGUCAUCCAAAAAGGACCAUUGGUAAAGCAAGUCAAAGUCAUCUGACAUAUGAAUUAACUGAUUUAGACACCGCCACAAGUAGACACAAUGAUUCAACAACUGUUACAACACUCGAUAGUUCAGUAUUAGCUGAUAUACAUUUGAGUGUAUUCAGUCUAAGAGAAAGGGAACCAAGUACACUUGGCAUUGUUAAAAUAAGUCGAAUAAGUAGACUAGAUCAACAUAUAAAACCACCGGUUGAAGAUGAUGUAGCAUCUGAAAUUCAUCUUCCUUCAGAAACAGCUCGAAAACGUCCAAUUAGUGUGACUAAACUGCCACGUGGAAAGUCGGCUAUGUCAUCAGAUAAUCGCUUCAUAGGUAUGUCAGGAGCUUCUUCUGGAAGAAAACGGAGUAAUACACUUCCACCUUCAAAUGAGGCCGACAAAUUAGGUGGAGUGGAGGGUCGAGAAAACCAAAUUAGCGUCAUAAAGUUACCACGAGGCAAAUCAGCUUUCUCAACUCAUACUCAUAUUAUUGAUGCACCAAAAUCAGCUGAAAGUACGCCAGGAAAACGCAGUACCAUGCUGCCAUUGUAUGAAAUUCGAAAAUCAAGAGGAGACAGUGCCGGCAGUGUUCUUAAGUUGAAACAAACUGCUCAUGAAAAUUCGAAAUCUUCUUCAACAGUAAAUGAUCAGUCUGCUUCAGUAGAAGACGUCUCACUCCAACAACAACAAAGAAAAAGCACAGCUGUUAGUGUUAUGAAAGUGAAACGAUCAAUAUCUUCAACUGGACCGAAAAUAAUAAACCCCAUAGAAAAUUUGGUGUCUUUCGAUGUUGAAGCAAAACAAGCUAAUGUAUCUGAACCAAGUUCAAAUCAACGAAAAAUUACUUCAAUCAACGAUUCAAGUGUAACUGUAGUUAAAUUGUCUCGUUUAACUCAAUCUGCUGUUCCAGUUCAUUCUUCACCAUCACCACCAACAACAGUAGUUUCUAAUACUGAAAUAUAA